AUGGAACAUCUACGACAAACCUUUGCUCAAUGCAAGAAAGAAGGUCGUCCGGCCCUCGUCACUUAUGUGACAGCCGGCUUCCCUCGUGUGGAAGAGACCCGCGAUAUCUUGUUGGGCAUGCAGGCGGGAGGUGCCGACAUUAUUGAGCUGGGUCUUCCUUUCACUGAUCCAAUUGCUGAUGGACCAACCAUCCAAAAGUCCAAUCUGAAGGCGCUGGAAAAUGGUGUCACCAUCUCGUCUAUGCUGGAGAUGGUCCGUGAUGCCCGCCAACAUGGACUGAAGACCCCGGUGCUUUUCAUGGGCUAUUACAACCCUAUUCUGCGCUACGGUGAAUCUAAACUCCUGGCAGACUGCAAAGAGGUGGGUGUCAACGGAUUUAUCCUCGUUGACCUUCCCAUCAAAGAGGCAAUCCGCUUCCGUGAGGGCUGCACAAAGACAGGACUCUCUUAUAUUCCAUUGAUUGCCCCAUCGACCACCGAGGAUCGUAUGAAGAUUCUUUGCCAAAUGGCUGACUCAUUCAUCUACCUGGUGUCCCGCAUGGGUGUGACUGGCGCCACUGGCACCCUUGACUCCGAGCUACCUGCUCUGAUCCAGCGCGUGAAAGAUCUCUCCGGUAAUGUGCCGGUGGCAGUUGGCUUCGGUAUUAGCACACGUCAGCACUUCCUCAGUGUGACCUCGAUUGCCGAUGGCGCUGUAAUUGGUAGUCAGGUCAUUACUGUUCUCAACAACGCCCCAGCUGGACAAGCUGCAAAGGUCAUUGAGGAGUACUGCUCAGAGAUCACAGAAAGGAAGGUUGCCCGGGAUACUACAGCCCCCGCAGCUUCUCAAGUGGCGAGAGCCACUGGAUCUGAGUCAGUCACCGAGGAGAAAUCUGACUUCAAGGAUGGCUUGGGCCGAUUUGGUGAUUUCGGCGGUCAAUAUGCCCCAGAGGCUCUGAUCACUUGCUUGGAUGAACUGAAUGCUGGCUUCGAAGCCGCCAUCAAUGACCCGAAAUACUGGGAUGAAUUCCGAUCGUUCUAUCCCUACAUGGGUCGUCCGUCAAGCCUGCACCUCGCCCAACGGCUCACCGAACAUGCGGGCGGUGCAAACAUUUGGUUGAAGCGCGAAGACUUGAACCACACCGGGUCUCACAAAAUUAACAAUGCUCUUGGCCAGAUUCUUAUCGCUCGUCGCCUCGGUAAGACCGAAAUUAUUGCCGAGACAGGAGCAGGCCAACACGGUGUCGCCACUGCUACUGUUUGUGCCAAAUUUGGUAUGAAGUGCGUUAUCUACAUGGGUGCAGAGGAUGUCCGUCGCCAGGCCUUGAACGUUUUCCGUAUCCGUCUCCUCGGUGCCACCGUCAUUCCAGUUGAAUCGGGCUCGCGUACUCUUCGGGACGCUGUCAACGAGGCUUUCCGCGCCUGGAUCACUCGCCUGGACACUACACACUACAUCAUCGGCUCGGCCAUCGGACCUCACCCCUUCCCGACGAUGGUUCGCACCUUGCAGAGUGUCAUUGGAGAAGAAACCAAGAGUCAACUUCGCGAUCUGGGCAAGAGUCCCGACGCUGUGGUUGCUUGUGUUGGAGGAGGCUCCAACGCCACUGGAAUGUUCUACCCCUUCUCCAAGGAUCCCUCUGUCGAGCUUGUCGGUGUUGAAGCCAGUGGAGACGGUCUGGAAACCGAACGACACUCCGCUACAUUGACCGGUGGCUCCGUGGGUGUUCUCCACGGUGUUCGAACCUACGUCCUUCAGAAUGAACACGGUCAAAUCUCCAACACCCAUUCUGUUUCCGCUGGUCUUGAUUACCCUGGAGUCGGACCCGAGCUUGCGAGCUGGAAGGAGAGUGGUCGUGCCUCAUUCAUCAGCGCUACCGACGCACAGGCCUUUGAGGGCUUCCGUCUCCUCAGUCAACUUGAGGGUAUCAUCCCGGCACUGGAGACCUCCCACGCAAUCUGGGGAGCCGUUCAAACUGCCAAGAGAUUGGGUCCCGGUAAGGAUAUCGUGAUCUGUCUCAGUGGACGCGGAGACAAGGACGUGCAGACUGUCGCUGACGAGUUGCCAAACAUCGGCCCCCAAAUUGGCUGGGACCUGCGUUUCUAA